AACAAUCACCACCGACUGCUUGUGUGACACAUUUCUCUUUUCGGCUGAAACAACUCUCUCUAGCAGCAUCUGAGGCCCAAGUUACUAAUUGUGAAUCUAGAGUGCUGUGCUCUAUCGGCACACACGAAAAGGUUCUUCCUGUUACUUUUAAGUUUGCUGUCUCACCAAAGGUCUAUUAGUUCUGUAAAUGUCCAGCUCAUUAAGUUUUUGAUAUUAUGUACGUAUUUUCCUAUGUAUUGACCUUUUAUCAUACAUAAAUUGUAUUGUAUUGUGAAAUUGUGUGUUAGUAAUUAAUAUUGAAUUGUAUUAUAUUGUGAAAACAGCAAAGCACAUAUCAUGGACGAUAGAAGACACAAGACUUUGGUUAUUAUAGCCCUUCUCCUUAUACGCAGAUGCCUUCUUGUUCUUAUGAUGAUGGGUCACCAUUAUUUUAAAAACAUUUUACCUAGUAAAAGAGCUUCUGGUAGGCGGCGCUUAAAGUAUAAAAUUAUUGAUAAGAUCCCUAAACAAGUGGAGUAUUUGCAUCGAGUUAUAUCAGCUGAUGAUUUGACUUGUGUUAACAAAAUACGAAUGUCCAAAGAUGUCUUCAGUAGGUUAUGCUAUCUUUUAGAACAAGCUGGAGGUCUAGUUCCAACCAAACAUGUAGGGGUUGAGGAGAAAGUUGCAUCUUUUUUGGUAAUCUUAGCACACCACAGUAAGAACCGCAUUGUAAAGUUCGAUUUUAGACGCUCGGGAAACACCAUAAGUCUUAGUUUCCAUUCAGUAUUACAUGCUUUAUUGCGUCUCCAUCAUCUCUUGUUAGUAAACCCAGUGCCCGUGCCCGAAGAUGAAACAAGUGAACAAUGGAGGCCUUUUAAGGGAUGCUUAGGUGCUUUAGAUGGUACGUACAUACCAGUUACAGUACCACUUUCUGAUGCCCCUCGUUAUAGAAAUAGAAAAGGAUUCGUAUCUGUAAAUGUCUUGGGAGUUUGUGAUCGUGAUUUGAAGUUUGUCCACAUGCCCCUCGUUAUAGAAAUAGAAAACAGAUGA